GAAGUCAUCCAGAACUCUCCUUUUACACAGAUUGACAGGACACUGACCGCAUUCAUGAGAAUGAUAGCACUGCACUGACAUGUAGCCACGGUCGUCAAAGGUGGCAGGAUUUGUAAAGACACUGUCAACCGCAGUUCUGACACCAGCUGCUCCAAGAAUCCAGUCAAUGAAGAUGGAGUUGGAAUCGGAGAUGAUGAUGCAGUCAAUGUGAUUUUUGUUUUGAGAGAUGCACGUUAAAACCUCGACCAUUCCGUCUGUAAAAGCAGCGCAGUCAAAAGAGGAAACAACCCCACCGGUGCGUCUUCCAGAUCUCCGUCAAGUCACAGUUUUGCCAAAAGCUGACUGGCUCCGCAUACAAGACAACUUGAACCAUGUCAAUACACACAAAGAGAAUCUUCUGGAGGCAUCUAAGGAACGGCAUGCGUUGCAUCUGCGUUCCAAAGAAGUGGUAAAAUUCUGGUCCAACACCAUUGCCGGGCAAAGACAGAAGAAACUGGAAGCCAAAAAAAUAAGAGCGGAAAUUGAAGAAGAGGAAAAGAAACAGAUUGAUUUAGAGGAGGCGGAGUACCAGCAACAAAAACGGAAAGAGGCCAUUGAAAAAGCAAAAAGUCAACAGUACUUCCAGACUGACCGAGUUAAAGGAUUUCAUAGCAGCCUCUUACUGACAGAGGUCUUGAAGGAACGAGAGGCUCAGAUAGAGCUGAAGCAGAAGAAGCAGAUGGCCUCUAAAGAUGUGAACAAGGACAUCAUUGCCCAGCUAAAGCAGAAAGACGAGGAGGCCUUGGAGCAGGAGCUACAGAGAGCACUGCAAGUGAAGCAGGAGAGAGAGAACGUUGCUGAAUACCUGAAGCAGCAGAUGAAGGAGCAAGAGGCCAUUCGAGAAAAGGAGAAACUGGACAGAAAGAAAGAAGCGGAGGAACUCCAGCAGCUGAAAGAUCAUCAUGACUGGGAGAGGAGCAUGUACGAGCAAAAGAAACAAGAGGAGAAGAGAAACAUCAUGAAAGAUCAUAUGGAGCAUCUGUCCAACCGAAACCUCAUCAGAGCAAUCGAGAUGCAAAAAGAAGGGGCAGAAGAAGAGUGUCGGAAACUCUUCUCAGAUGCAAAGCGGAAAAUGAUGAAGAUGAGGAAAGAGAAAGAGGCAGAAAUGUUUAGAGAGUUGCAGACGCACAAGGAGAAAAUGGUAGAGAGGCUGGCAGCACAACUGCAGGAGAAGGCCAGCAAUGAUGAAGAGCUCAUUGCCAACGCCGUGACAGUGCAGGAAGCAAGGCUGGAACGAGAGCAGAGAGAGAAUGAAGCAAAAAAGAAAGCAAUGCUGGACUCCAUCACAGCACACAGAGAAGCCGUGCAACAAAAACAGGAGCAGAAGAUCAAAGAGGAAAAGCAAAAGGCUCUUGAGAUGCUUCAAGCCAAGAAAGAGGCAGACAAGAUAAUCCUGGAAAAACAGCUGCUCAAGGCUCAAAAGAUAAAGGACAGCUGUGUGGAAUUACAAGACUUCCAUGUUCACCAAAUGGCUGAAAGACGAGCCAAGGAGCAACUUGGAAAAAAAGAACAGCUGGAUUUCGAUUCUAAAAACAUAGGGCUUGUUGCCGAGGAGGAGAAGCAAUUCCAGAAGUAUGCCAAUGAAGUGAUUAGCACUGCCGCAGAGGCCAAGAGGAACACUCUUCCCCUCCGCAUAGCAGCCAGAGAGGGCAUUGGGGGCGGACUGGGUCCUAUUUUUGGAGGACUGAAACCCAGUUACCUGGUUCAUGACAGCACUGGGGUCGAACUGCCCAAAUACAUCUCUGGCACAACACAAGACGUAAAGGAGUUAUACGAGACAAAUGACAUCCAGCAGGCAAAGAAAAGACUGGGAUUUUCAUGGUAAUGCAAAACUGUUUAGACAGUUGAUAUUAACAAUGUUACAGUACAAGUUUCCCAUUUUAGUAAAAAAUAAGCAAAAAUCAAAAUAAUUAUUGGAAGUAAUUUUAAAAAGGGUGGGAAUAUACUGUGUAUACCUUAGAGGCUAUACAGUAACAGUUAUGUGUUAUGUGGAUAUAGAUAUGACUGGAUAUCAUGGUCAGUUCAGAUAUUUUAAAUGGUGUAGCAUUCAUCCAUUUACCUGUGUGAAAUAUUUCUUCACCCUGUACUGAAAAAAACAAAAAUUGACUAUCCACCUUGUAAUUUUUCUUAGUGUUGCUCUCCCAUUUCAGGCUAGUGUAACAUCACAAACAAUAAAACAUUUAAAUGUU